GAAAAAGCUUCGGUGCGGUGCUAUCUUCUUCUCGAGCCCUACGAUUAUCCUUCUUCUCUUUCCUCACAACCAUCCAACAAUGGAAGCCACAAUUCUCUCCUUUUCCUCUUCCCUUUCUCCUCUCUCUCACCAUCAAAUCGUAACCCUAAAACCCAGAAACUCAAAAUCCCCAAAAUGCCCUUCCCUCCCCCCCAUCAAAUGCGCCAUUUCCCGCACGAAGAAGGAAGAAACCGUCGAGUCAGUGAAAACCCACCUGGAGAAUUGCCAUCUCCUAGCCGCCAUCAACUACAAGGGCCUGACGGUGAAGCAGUUCCAAGAUCUCCGGAAAUCUCUGCCGGAAUCCACGAGGCUUCUCGUCGCGAAGAACACUCUGGUCUUCAAAGCCAUUGAAGGCACCAAAUGGGAAGCCCUCAAGCCGUGUAUGAAGGGCAUGAACGCUUGGCUCUUUGUUAACACCGAAGAGAUCCCCUCUGCGAUCAAACCCUACCGGAGUUUUCAGAAGGAGCGGAAGCUCGAAGACAAUGACUUCGCCGGAGCUGUUUUCGAAGGAAAGUUCUACGGUCCGGGCGAUUUCAAGGCGCUCGAGACGAUGCCGACAAGGGCCGAGAUUUACGCGAAGAUGCUCGGAGCUUUGCAGUCUCCGGCGAUCGGUCUGGUGAGUACUCUGCAAGCUCCGGCGAGGGAUGUAGUAAUGGUGCUCAAAGCAUAUGUGAAGAAGCUGGAAGAUGAGAGUGGUGCUUAGUAGAGCAGACUCUUGCUGGUUCGUUUCAGUGAAAAUAGUUGAAUUGUUAACUGAGGAAGAUGGAAUUUCCAUUAUUACAUUGACCAAAGACAAUGCUCAUAAAGUUUGAGCCUUUUUUUUUAA